AUGAAUGCAGGGUUAUGGUUAUACUUGACUGUUUUAAGUGUCUUUGUGGUUUUUGCGAUUUUUAGCAACGCAUUAGUGAUAUACUGUGUGGUCCGCUUCAAGAAGCUGCGGAGCGUUACUAACGCGCUGAUAUGUAAUCUGGCUGUGAGCGACAUUCUCCUCGCUGGUUUUGUGAUGCCACAACGCCUGCAUGACAUCACGCACGUGGAAGAUUUUUUUGAAGGGGAUGUUUUGUGCAAGAUGGUCAACUUCACUCCUGUUUUAAUUAUUACCACAUCCAUCUACACGCUAGUGUGCGUAUCUUUUGAGAGAAAAAGGGCGAUUCAAGAGACACAUAAGCAGCAGAUGACGUUUGCCGCUCUGUACAAAAUCGUCCCUUCCCUGUGGCUGUUCGGUCUCCUCAUAUCACUUCCUACACUUCUUGAGUACCGGGUGAACCACAUCUUAGUUGACGAAGGGAACAGUACACGGAUUGGGUUAUCCUGUGACAGUUCACAUAUGGAGUUUAGUUAUUCAAUGACGAAUGCGAUAUUUUUAGUCACGGUAGCUUACAUUGUCCCUGUAAUCAUUAUGUUUAAGAAUUAUAUAGAAGUGGCAAAUUUUGUAUGGAAGAAAAGCAAACAGAUUCAGGCAGCCACGAGAGCCGGAAAGGUGCACUACCAGCUGUUUCAGCACAGAAUCAAAGUCGUGAAAUUGUUGGUCGUCGUUGCAACGAUAUUUGCGUUGUCAUGGCUACCAUUCUUCAUUACGCUUCUAUACGCGAAAAUCACGAACAACGACUCGAGCGCAGACGCAAGCGGUUUCCUCAACCUGUUUCUGCUCGCCAUGGCGACGUUCAGCACGGCAUACAACGUCAUCCUUUAUAUUGUGUACAACCCGAGCUUCAACAAGGCGAUCAAACAGGUGUUCCAUAUCCGAUCAGGGGUGAGCCCAGAAUUAAACAACAUGGCUACGGUACAGGGAACAAGAUCUGAACCCAUGCCAGAAAACUCUCGUGUGGAUGAGGGUCAAGGAAAGGGCGUACAUAUAGCUCACAAAAACUCCGGCGAGGAUUGUUAA